AUGGUUUUCGGCGGUCUCUUCGGCGGCGGUUCCUCGUCUGGCUCAAAUAACAACAAUAACAACGAUGAUUCCUCAUCCACAUCCUCUCCGAGCACGAUAUCCACACCCUCUCCCUCGCCUUUCUCUUCAAUCAGUACCUCGCCAUCAGGCGGUUCUUCUUCAGCCAUAAAAGCGAAACUCCAGGGUGCCAUCACACAGCAAUCGAACCUCAUCAACGCAAAGUUCCUGAUAUCUAAGAUCAAUGAGAACUGCUUUGACCACUGUGUGUCCGAGCCGGGUGCCAGCCUCUCCAGCAGGGAGCAAACAUGUCUGAGCACAUGUAUGGAGAAAUAUAUUGAUGGUUGGAACGUUGUCAGCAGAACGUAUGUUGCGCGCUUGCAGAAAGAAGGAGCUCAGUUGCAACAAGGAGGCAUGGGAGGACUAGGUGGAGGAGGGUUCUAA